CUUGGCAAGCUCUUAGGAAGCACAGAGAUGUGUGCAAGCGGCGAGUACCCUUUAGCAACAUUCCAGCUGAUAUUUUAGCUUAAUUGAUAAGUAUUUGAGGCUAAUCUGUUCAAAAAUUUACUAGUUCUAGCAGUGUGAUUUCCUAUCAAAAACUUAUUAAAAUUUAGAAAAUGAGUACUCCUACCAAACACAAAUCCAUGAACGAUGAUUUAGCCUUUUUAAAAUGCAAAAGUGGGUCAUUGAGCAAGAACAGUGUUAAGAAGAACAGGUACAGUAAUGUUAAGAGCAGAUUUAUGGAUAACUGCUAUGCAAUGAAGAAGGAUACACCUCCCAGUACCACCAGUCAGUUCAGUAAUAUUUCUAUGCUCCAACAUCAGGAGAGUGACUCUGAAGUACAGAGAAUUUCAAAAUCGAAGCACAAAUUAUCAGCCCAAAACUCUUCAAUGUCCUUAGCUAAUGGGAAGUUUGAGCAAAAGCCUGAAUAUAACAGGAUCAACUGGACAAAGCAUCACUCUUCCUCCAGAACUAAGCUCAGCCAUGCCCAGUCUUUAACUCCAGUGAGGAAUGCUGCAAGAGAUAGCCUUCUUGACCACUUGAAGAGGAUCAAGCCUCAGAAGAGUAAGAAGAAGACAACGAGGAAAUUAAAAACGAAUAUUUUUAGCAAUCCUAUUAAAAUGAAGAACUUUCUUUCAAAUAUUAAGCAUCAUUAUAACCCCUCUACACUAUCAGGUUGCUUCUCCAUACUAGAUGUGAGGGAUAGGAACUUCGUGUGGAACAAUAACCGUGCUAUCUCAGUGAUCGACCAUUCAUCUCCCUCCCAGAAGCUUGAGUCCAAAAUCUUUAACAAAGAAUUCCUUCCGAAGAACGUUAAUAAGGGUAAAAAUACAAUUUUGCAUAAUAUGAAAGAGAAGAAACUGAGUGAUCCUUCAUAUUCUGAGACAAAGAGAAGUUCAUGGUACACUCCUAAAUCAAUGCUGUUUGCCCCAGAUCCAACGCCUGGAUCAAAGAAGAUCUUCUUCGAUUUUUCAUCUGACUCAACAGCGCCUACCUCUCAAAGAGGUCUCAAAGAGCAUGGCUGAAAGAUUGAUAGAAAACUUAUCAGGAAAAUGAUCCGGAUGAAGAAAUCCAUUAACUGCAGAAUCCAACUUCGGCCUGUAAACAUAACCCUAAAUGGAUCAACAAGGAUAUAGAUUACUGAGAACAGCCGAUAUCAGUACAAUAGCUUUUGAGGAUGGUCUAAUUGCUAGUUGAAGUGCUGGAAGCUUGAACAAGCUAGUUACAUGUGCCCUCAAGAGCCAUAAU